GUACAUUGUCACAACAUUGUGGGAUAAUUAAGUAGCUCACUUCACUGAUUAAGUAAAAAUGGAGUCUCACAUUAAGGUUUUCUUCUUCAUUCUUGGGCUUCUAGUCUUUGUUAGCAUUUCAGAGAUACAAAGUGUUGAGGCUGCAGGGGAAUGUGGUAGGUCUACCACUCCAGACAAUGAAGCAAUGAAGCUUAUUCCUUGUGCCUCUGCAGCACAAGAUGAAAAUGCAAGUGUUUCCCAGAGUUGCUGUGCUCAGGUUCAGAAAAUCGGCAAGAACCCGAGUUGCCUGUGUGCUGUUGUGCUCUCUAACAUGGCCAAAAUGUCUGGAGUUAACCCUAAGAUUGCCAUCACCAUUCCUAAGCGUUGCAACCUUGAUAAUCGCCCUAUUGGCUACAAGUGUGGACCUUACACUCUGCCUUAAGAAUGAUGUGUAAACAAGGAGGACUGGGCUUAAAGUGACAAAAACAGUUAGCUACGUACUAUUGCUGUGACCACAACCAUGUUAUGUUGUGCUUGUAACUUUCUAAUCAAUAAUAGCUUGCAGGCUCUCUAAUGUAAUGUCCUUCUUGAAUAAUAAACAUGUAACUUUAGUCUUUGAUGUUUUUA